UUUUCAAAAUUUCUCUAGCCCUUCCUUGUAUUUCCUCUUCUUCUUCAAGUUCUUCCCCCAACGAGGAAGAAGUUUUAUCGAAGAAUUUACACCAAAAUCAACAACAAAUUCAGCAUUUUCGUUUGGCCAUAACUGCUGCUUCUAAUGAUUCCACAACAAGUCAAGAUUCGUUAGACUCUGUUAGAACAGCAAUUCAUUGUCCGAAUAAAGAAUUAAAUAAUUCUCCAAAACAACAAAUGCCACAAAAAAUAAAACAAUUAGAAUCAAUCCCUGGGACAAGUGGAGAAAUUUUAAGAGAAAAUCCUGAAAUUUUGACAUUGAAAAGAAGAGAAAAUGAGCAAACAAAAGAAAAAGGUUUAAUUAACAACAAACAAGUAAUUGAAAGGCUAUCAGAACCACGUAAAAUAACUUCAGAUACAAAUAAUUCUACAAGACAUUCAUCAACAACUAUUUCCUCAAUGCUUAAAUCUGACGGAACUAAAAAUUAUCGAUAUGCUAAAGAUGAUUGUAUUAAUUUGUAAGUUUUUUUAGAAUCUUUAAAAAAAUUUACCAUUAGUUUGAUUAUUUUUUUUCAAUUUUUCUACCAAAAAACUUUUUCCCCACACAGUUGCCAUUAAAAAUUAGACAAUUUAAUUAAUUAAUUAAAUAGUAGUAAUUUACUUUUUUACUAUUUUUUGCAAUUAAUUUUCCAUCUUUUUUUCCUGAUUUACUCUAAAAAUUAUAAAAAAAUAAAUAACCUUCCAAAUCUUUUCUAUCCGCUUAUUUCCUCUCAACUAUUAAAUAUCUUCUUCCUUUUCUUUAUUUUUUGGUCAUUAAUUGCCUCCAGAAGUGA